AUGGUGAAGCCUUCUUCCCCAACUCCUCCACACCUCCAAACCCUCAAACUCUCCUACCUCGACCAACUUUGCUACUCCUUCUAUGUCCCUCUCGUCUUCUACUACUCCGCCAACAAAAACCGAGCAAUCCCGAGCGACGACGAACUCGACCGAACCUCCCGACGCCUUACCCAAUCCCUCUCCCAAACCCUAACCUCCUUCUACCCGUUCGCCGGGCGAAGCUGCGACUUCUACACCGUCGACUGCAACGACGCCGGAGCUGAGCUCUCCUUCGCUCGGGUCACCGGCCUCUGCCUGGACGAAGCCGCUCGAGACCCGGAAUCUGUUGAGAGGUACCUCCCCGCAGGCCCCACGGACUUCUCCGGAAUCCCGUCUCACCCCGUCUUCCUCGCUCGGGUCACCUUCUUCCCGUGUGGCGGCUCUGCCGUCGGCAUCCGCUUCUCCCACCACGUCGCCGACGCUGCUUCCGCGGCAGCGUUCGUCGCCGCAUGGGCGGCGGGCGGCGACGGUUGCUCGCUCGACGACCAUUUUCUCGAUUUCAACCUGUCGAGUGAUUUCCCCGCUCGGGAGUUUCCUCCUCCGGCGGCGGCGACGGUGACCGGCAGCGACGAGAGCUUCCGGACCGCGAGGUUCGCGUUCGACGAGGCGAAACUGGCGGCCCUCCGGCGAGUGGCGGGCGGGGGCUCGGCGGUGGUGCUUGUGUCGGCUUUUAUAUGGGAGAGCUUCAUGAGGGCUAAUGAGAAGGACGAUGAAAAGGUUUUCGUGGCGACACACAGGGUGGACCUGAGGUCGAGGAAGAAAGCGCUCGAGAAAAAGUUCGGGAACUGUUUCAUGACGUCGUUUGCGUAUUGCACGGCCGGCCGGGAGUUUCACGAGCUCGUCGGGAAGUUGAGGGAGUCGAUACGAAAGGUUGACGAGGGCUACAUCACGGGAUCGAAAAAUGAUGGGGACGUGUACAUGGGGGACGUUCGUGGGUGUAUGUCUAAGCUCGUCAAGGGAGAAGUAGAGGGGUUUUUGUUCCCAAGCUGGUGCGGGUUUCCGUUUUACGAGGUGGAUUUCGGGUGGGGAAGGCCCGUUCGGGUGUGCACGACACCCUUUCCGGCAAAGAAUGGUGCGAUUUUGAUGGACAUGAACAGGUUAGAGGGUGAUGAUAUGGGUAAGGGGAUUGAAGCUUGGGUUUGCAUGACGAACGGCGACUUAGAAAUCUUCGAAAAGAAUUUCAAAUUGCUGGUUUCAGGUGGCGGAGCAACUCGGACCCAACGUGGGCGAGAGCUCUCCAACCUAAUCUCCCACAAAGCCCGGAGGAGACGGGAAUGUCCUCAGCCCCGAGUCAACGAGCUCCUAUUCCAGCGGCGCGGCGGCGAUCUUGAAGGUGUAGGAGGGGCGGCGACAAUUGGAGAGGACGAGCGAGGGUUUAGAGGAGAGGAAUUGGAGAAAAUUUAG